AUGACUGCUGAGAACUGCAGUGUGGCUCCUGACUUCACAUUCCGAGGACUUUCAGAUGACAAGCACGUGCAGCAGGGCCUCUUCCUGCUCUUCCUGCUGGUUUAUGGUGUGACUGUGAUUGCCAAUGUCGGGAUGAUCCUGCUGAUCAAGGUGGACCCCAGACUGCACACACCCAUGUAUCAUUUCCUGAGCAAUCUGUCCUUCUGUGAUGUCUGCUACUCCUCUGCUGUCUCUCCCAAGAUGCUGGCUGAUCUCCUCUCUGAGCAUAAAAGGAUUCCACUUGACUUGUGUGCCAUGCAGAUGUAUUUCUGGGGGACUUUUGCAGAUGUGGAAUGUCUCAUGUUGGCUGUCAUGGCUUAUGACCGUUAUGUAGCCAUUUGUAAUCCACUUCUGUAUACAGUUUCCAUGUCCAGAAAACUCUGUAACCAGCUAAUAUCUGUUGUCUAUGUGGAAGGUUUGGUAGAUUCAGCAAUCCACACCUGUUGUACAUUUCGAUUAUCAUUUUGCAGUUCUAAUGUCAUCAAUCACUUUUUCUGUGACUUCCCAGCCUUGCUAGCCCUCUCGUCCUCAGAUACAUCCAUCAAUGAGAUAAUGCUGUUCAUAUCCAGUAGCUGUGUUGUGGGGACCAGCAUUAUCACUGUCCUCCUCUCCUACACCUACAUCUUAGCAACCAUCCUUAGGAUGAACUCAGCCGAGGGGCGACGCAAAGCUUUCUCUACCUGUGCCUCCCAUUUAACUGCUGUGGCUAUAUUUCACGGCACGCUCCUGUUCAUGUAUUUCAGACCCAGCUCGAGUUACUCCAUGGACACAGACAAAAUAGCCUCUGUCUUCUACACAGUUGUCAUCCCCAUGCUAAACCCACUGAUUUACAGUUUAAGAAAUAAGGAUGUGAAAGUUGCCAUAGAAAAAGUAAUCAGUACUAAAUUGUGUUCUGAGUGAUACAGUGUUUUCAACCGAAACUACACAUGUAAAGAUUCUGAGAGCGGAAGCUCAGGUACUGAUAGAUGCUUGUGGUCUCAUCAUUACAGUCUUCUGGAUAUUCCCAAUUACUUACCUCUGUGCCUAAACUGAGUGUUGAAAGUAGUCAUCAGUUAUCUUAAUUUGUCUUCAGACUAAGAAAGGGGAGCAAUAUGGUCACUUUGCUGUUUUUCAGAGAGGGUCUUUUUAUACCUCUUUCCUUGGGUAAGCCUCCUGUGAGAUAGCAUUCACCGAGCAAUCCCUCCACCUGUGUCAAUUCAACUUACCAUCCUAUGAUUCCAGUACAUUUUUUAAACAACAGGUUUAAUAAAGUUGCUAAGCAAUAAGGGAAUAUUAGUAGGUCAAAUAGUUUUUUUGUUCAUGUUUUAUGUACUUGUAUCACCCUAUAACUCUGUCAUCAUAGUAUGUAA